AUCGACAAAAUGAAAUCUUUUGGGAAUUUCGGGGCAUUCUGCUUAGCCAUCAUCCUCGUCGCGGGCCUCAGUGCAGGAGUUGAUGCUCGUCGAUUGGCCCUGCGUCCGUUGUCGGUGCGGGAGCUGCGUGCUGCCCUGCGGGAGACUGGCCUGGAUGAAAAUUCCGAGGCUGGGAGAUCGCUUGCCUCGGCUCUGUCCGGAAUCACAGGGUUCGCCCUGGGCAUCACCAAGGGCGUGGGCGGCUCCAUACUCUUUGAUGUGAUCACCUCGAAUGCCACUAUUCAGUAUGUGUCCAAUCUGCUGAACUCCACCUCCUCCUCAACGACAGGCAGCAGUGGCACCGCCCAGGAGAUCUGCUUCAAUAGCCGCAGUGCCGAUGGAGAGGCCAUCAGUGGUCGGAGCAGCAGCCACAGAGGUUCUACUGAUGAUUUAAUCAAUAGCGAUGAAAUUAGCUCAGCGCCGUCUGGCGAGGAGCGAGCCACGGGCACGGGCACUGGCACUGGAACGGGCACGGGCACGGGCACGGUGUCAUCCGGUGGCGUCACCUGCAUAGUCCUCAACUCAGGAGUCAGGCGGCGGCGUCAGGUGGAGGUAAGACCUGCUGCGACCACAAAAACAUACAACCGCAACCGAUCCCGCCGCCAGUCGAAGCGGCGAGUCGACCAGAGGGUUCACUGA